GUAACUCCACCGACCAAGUCUUUUAGACAAGUGCGAAGAGGACGUAUGUUUAGACGAACAAGUUCAACGUGCAGAGAGCGUGUGAAAAAGAGUGCGUAGUUGAUCUGACGUUAUACAGUUAACGAAGUUCUAACGAUUUUAAAUUCUGAUAUUUGUACAAAAGAUUUGCACUUGACUUUUCAGUUUUAUUAUUUAAUUUUCGUUGAUAAACACAGAAAAAAGCUACUUUAUAGAUCUUUUUUUUAAAAAAAGAAAAACCUUAGAAUAAUCGAUGUGAUUCCUGCAUCGAACUAAAGACUAAAGUUGCAUUAUACCGUAGUUUGCCAACUUUCGGCCAUUAAAACUUUUGAUGAUAAACAAACUACUUGGAGUUAUUCUUUCACUGGUCAAAUCCGAUAUUAUAUGAACGUGUAUAACAAAACUAGGGCGUAUUUCAGCGGUGGAGUUAUGUGAGAUACUGCGUACAGCCUUACGUAUUUACGUUUCACUGAUCAAAGACUGCGUUCAUGCUUAGAACCAUCAAUCCUGUAUCAUUUCAAAGAUGAGGAAAGAAAAUCUAGUCCUUGUUGUAAUAGUUACUGGUAUACUACAAUUAAACCAGGAAGCCAUCGCUGCCAAACGUCAUCAACAUCAUACGCGAGAUCAUACCAUCGACGAGAGUGAGCAGUGUAAUCAUUGGGAGAAGUUGUUCAAGCAGAACCAAGAGUCGGUAUCCGCCACUUUACCGCCCUCUGUUGCUGGAAUCUGGGUGUCAGAAAGGUGCGAAACUAGACCGGGUCCGGAAUAUUUACUACGAAAAUACUACUUCUUUGUUAAUGGUACAUUUUUGUUGGAGCAAUUUUACUAUCUUGACGAUUCCUGCACAUUACCAGCUUUUUUCAUCUCCGUAAGGGGAUGCUUUACAUUUACGCAACCAUCAUGGAUUGUUCCAGGAGGAAUGGAGGCAGAAUAUAUUGUUAACCACAUAUAUCUAGUGCCGUACAGUAAUGACAUGGCACAUAACCUUCAACACAGAAUCAACAGAUCCUGUCCAGGUUUUGUGAGGAAGCCUUUGAGAUCAUACAAGAAAUACCAAGUGUAUAGCUAUGGCGAGGGUGUUCACCACAGGAAAGGAAAUGAUGUCACAGAAGUGGUUGAAGAUGUAAACUGCUUAUCGUCUUUACACAUUACUUUCAAUGAGCUGCAGCUUAUGCGUGUGGAACAUAGGCGACCCUUUCAUCAUCGACACCGACCAAGAAACACGCGUAUUGAACUCUUUCUAGGGGACAUUCACACCCAAUAUCAUAAGAGGGAGCAGUAUCGCCCUACUAGCUACCAACAACCUCUUCUGAAAAACAAGCAUCGCGGAUGCCACAUCUGCCAUCUAAUGACUAAAUCUAACGAUUUCUCUCCUCCCCAACUACCAGCCCGUGCCAGAUUGCCUGUUUAUAUGGCAGGUGAAUGGAUCAGUACGCGGUGUGAGGUCAGACCACUUGGAAUGUUUGUGACCAGGCGAAUGAAAUUUUUCAACUUUAACCAAAGCUGGCAUGGCGUCUAUAAAUACUUCAAAGACCCGAACUGUCGGAAUCCCUUGUUUGUUUUGGUAGCAGAGGGAGAGUUUCGUGCAGGAAGACCAUCACAGCGUUUCAGAGGAAAUACGAAUUACGACUUCAUUGUUGAGAAGGCAUCAAUAGCACCACUAGACCAACUCUUUGUAAAUAACCUAAACGGACAAGAAGAUCAAUGCGGUCUUGUGGACUCAUGGCGUUUAAAUAUUACACAGGACGUGACAUUAUCUGGAGGCUGUAGUGGAAUAGGAUUAACUGUACCAAGUACAGAAUUUGACGUGGUUCGGACAGACAUUGAUCACCAUGGCAACUCUUUACUAUACUUAGGAGAAAUUAAUACCGAGAAUGUUCCCGCCACUCCGGACAAAAGGCCCACAUCUUAUCAAACUCCUUUGAUUCAGUGUAGGGCGUUUGCAGAUUAUCCAGGAAAAAAUGAACUCUUUCCCUUGCCUCAAACCCAACACGUCAUGUUUAACAGCAAAGUUUCAGUGUUGUCACACGGUAGUAGUAUUAGUUUUGUAGUUGUGGCCAUAUUGUGCGUUACGUCAUCGACUCACGUGAUCAUAAAGUGAAUUCUUGCGUUCGGAGCUUUAAGUAUUCAAAAUACGUUUACAUGGUUGCACCAGGACACUAAAGCCUAAAAACUAAGAAGAAACAGUGACAGUGCAAUUUAAAUUUGCUGUGUUUUGUUUUACGUGGCUUUUUGUGAGAAUUAUAGCUGAUAAUGAUUUUCUUAGUAACGCGUGCUUCAAUUUUUCGAAAUAGUUGUGCCAUAUUUAUUUCUAAAAUCCGUACUCUGUAUUUAACGAUAUUUAUAAGAUGUAUUUGCAAUUUCUUUAUUGGGAUUUUAACUUUCAUAGUUGAAUUCGUAUAUAGUUAGCAUAAUUCUCCUUUACAAUGUUUUACUAUAUGUUAUUUUAUUUUUUAUUUUCCUCAUAUAACCAAACGGAACGAAUAAUUUUUCACUUCAUUUCCAACAUUCGUAAAUAAAACUGUGAUUCAUGUAUUAACACCUCACAAGGAAUCCCUAGUAAAUGGAUAAUAACUUAUAAUUCACAGUUGGAAACAAAACAAGUGGCCUUUUUCUCAAUCGCAUAUGGGCAAUAUUAAUCUUUGAAUAACAAAUAACUAACUAUUAAGACAAAAGUUGAUAAUUCAGUGUGAUACAAACCUUACUUAAUAAAGGCUAUAACUAAAGCCACGUUGUAUGUUACAAUA